CGGCAAACCCUCAACAAGAUUCGUCAAACGCUGCAGUUUCGCCUAGCCUUCACCAGAACAUAUUGCACAACCCUAAGAGUCGCCAGCCGCGUCUCACAACAUGGAGGAAGAUUAUUUCGCCACGCGCAAUAUUGAAGAGCUUCCUAGGCACCGCCCCACCUGGAAACUUGACGCAUUUGAGAGGACUUGCGCAAGUAUGAGAGAUCUCAACUAUCACACUUGGGGCUUCGUCAUUUAUCGUUGUACAUACGAUGAUGAAGAUCUCUGGAUCCGCUACCUCUCGCAGCUCAAGGAUUUUGCUCAUGAGUAUCUCGUCGAGACUCGCCGAGCAGAGCUGUUAGAACAGUACCUUGAUUUUCAUGUUAUUGAAGAUCGGGCCACUCUUGAGAACGCCUCGAGACAGGAUCUUAGGCGUCACUUCAAGCAAUGGACUUCGACUCAGAACAUUCCCGCCGGCGACGGCUUCUUCUGGAGCAUAACAGGGGCAGAACUACCUCGUUUCCGCUUCUUUUUGUACGUCGACAAGCAAACCCUCGCCACCGUUGUUCAUUUUCAAGACGCAGAAAAGGCAUACACUGGCCAUCCUAAAUUCCGACUGUUACUUCCUCCGAUGGUCAUCACUGUCGUAGAUGGUUCCUGGACGCCAGACUCCGCGCAGAGCUACGAGCCUCAGAAUGAAGACGGAUACCCUGAAAUUGAUGGCAGUUCGAAGAGAUACGUCGGCUUCGAGUAUUACCAGGCAUGUUUCGCCACUGCAUUGUACGAGAGCCUCCACGGGCAUGGGCUUGUUGACUACGAGUCUUACAAGCGCCCGCCAGCGAUAGGGCCUCGGGGAAAAAAGACAAUGUCUUGAUGAACGCCAGGAAUCAAAGGGAACCGAGAUAAAAAUUGGUAGCAACAUUACAAGUUCUAAAAGACGGUACCAGGACUGAAGCUGAAGGACUGUGUCACAUUGGUAGUAAUAGUUAAGACAAGGAAUUGUACAAUUAAGUGUCUAUGUAGGUCUAUGAUCUAACAAGAAGGUAGAAGAGCUUCUCUUUCCUUUAGUAUUUACAUGUAGGCAUAAUCUCUUCUCCU